UCUCCAGUUCACAUGCCUCCUUUCCCUGCUUUGCAAGCAAUUUCUGAAUCUGCUGUUCAAAGUCAUGAAGCAGAUGAAAAGUAUGGUGAUGCCAUGAACUGGGAUGAACUUGAAUUUGGAGUAAUUCCAACAGAUUACAUGUACAUUAUGAAAUGUCCCAAUGGGGAUAACUUUUCACAAGGCCACCUAGCUCCCUAUGGGAAAAUUGAGCUUAGCCCAUUUUCUGGAAUCUUGAAUUAUGGACAGGGAGUAUUAGAAGGUCUUAAAGCGAUCAGGACCAAAGACGGUCAUGUUCAGCUGUUCCGGCCUGAAGAGAAUGCUCUAAGAAUGAAGAUGAGUGCAGAGAGAUUGUGCAUGCCAUCUCCAUCUACUCACCAAUUCCUUGAUGCUUUAAAGCAAACUGUCCUUGCCAACAAGCGUUGGGUACCACCUGAAGGGAAAGGAGCAUUGUAUAUUAGGCCAUUGCUCAUUGGAAGUGGCCCUGUUCUUGGCCUAGGGCCAGCACCAGAAUACACAUUCCUAAUAUUUGCUACACCAGUUGGUAAUUAUCACAAACGUGGCUCCACCAUGAAUUUGUACAUAGAGAAUGAGGUUCGAAGGGCCACACCAGGAGGAACUGGAGGCGUCAAAAGCAUUACCAACUAUUCACCUGUUUUUGAAGUAGUGACGAAGGCUAGGGCCAAAGGGUUCACUGAUGUCCUGUUUCUGGAUGCAGCCACUGGAAAAAAUAUCGAGGAGGUUUCUUCAUGUAAUAUUUUCUUUGUGAAGGAUAAUGUGAUUUUAACUCCACGUACCAGUGGAACUGUGCUUCCAGGGGUCACAAGAAAAAGCAUCAUAGAAAUUGCUCGUGAUCUGAAUUACCUGGUGGAGGAACGUGAUGUUCCACUAGAGGAUGUGUUGGCUGCCGAUGAAGUUUUCUGUACAGGGACUGCAGUGGAAGUCACUGCUGUUGCUAGUAUAACACAUCAAGAUAAAAGGAUCGAAUACAGAACAGGGGAAGAAAUUGUGUUCCACAAACUGCGUGUAGUGCUCAAAGGGAUUCAAACAGGUGUGAUUGAGGACAAGAUGGGCUGGACCAUGCUCAUUGAUUGAACAAGCUAGCUGCUUCAUCUCCAUAUCUCAUUGCCAAUGAAGCUUCUUCUCUAGCUAUGCACACAAAGAUGCUCAAUUGUUAUUGCAAGCACUAAAUCUUGUUUUCUUUUUUGUCAUAAUAUUGACUUUAAUUUCCACCCUUAUUUACAAAUAAUUGAAUCCACAAGUACUAAUCUUGUGCAUUAUUAAACAUUACUGGUUCAGAGAAAGUUUAUUUCGACAUCGAUGUGGAUUGAGAACAAA